AUGACUCUAGCACGGGUGAUCCAGCUAGUGGGCAUCGUGAUGGCAGGCAUGGCAUCUGCGACGGACUACCCUGCCACCUGGGCUCUUGCAGAUCACGGCACGGUUCCAGCUGCUACCGUCUACGCCAUCACCGAUUCCUCCAAUGAUGCCCAGCUUCCCGGCACGAUGAGUUCCGGCGAUGUCAACGGUGAUGGCAGCAACGACUUCGCCUACGAGUUUCCUGUCGGCACUUUCAACGUGCACUUCGGAGGCAUUUCUGCAGACUUGGAUCUCGACAGCAAUUCUUACAGUGGCUCCAAUGGCUUUAGCAUCGUCACCGGUAACAGCGGCCAUAUUUGGGGCACCAUUGCCGGCGACGUCAACCAGGAUGGCUUCAACGACGUGUUGUUCUUCCACGAGGCGUCCGCUUCCGUCAAAAUCGUCUUCGGCAAGGCUAGUGGGUGGAGCGCUUCCUACACCGUUGCGAGCAUGACGUGGGAUGGCACGGACGGCCGUGAGUUGACCUACACAGGCGAAAGCAACUUUGCAGAUAGUUCCUUCGGCGGUAGCACGCCGCAGAUCCUCAGUGGAUUCGACAUCAACAACGACGGCAUUGACGACAUCGCCGUCGUUUCAAAGGGCAGCAGCAACAGUGGUCGAGUAAGCAUUUUCUUCGGCAAAAGCACCUGGUCCGCAUCGGUGGACGGCUCCACCGAUUUUGAUGGCACCAGUACCGGCUUCUCCUUCAUGGAUGCUGCAAAUGCCAGGUUGGGACGCGGCCUGACUGUGGGAGAUGUUAACGGAGAUGGCAUCGACGAUGUCGUGGCCGCGAGUGGUACGUAUUCAGCUUCCAUUGCCGACAUUUAUGCUCAUGUCGAUGGCACCACUGGCUUCCGGCUGUGUGGGGCAGCAACCAACACCUACAUCGCGGACUACUACGUGACCUCGACAGACUUCAACGGCGACGGCAUCUCCGACCUGCUGUUCGCAGGGCGAGGCAGCCAGCAGGGCUUGUACCUUCUCUUCGGCAAGGCAUCCUUUGCCGCGAGUUUGACUCUGCCGUUCGCAAGCGGUGAGGGAGUCUCCUUCACGGGCUUUUCGGCCCAGCCGGCAUUCCUGAAAAUCGCCAACCUGGGCAAGUUCAACAACGACCAGUACGAGGAUAUGGCGUUUGGGGAUGGCAGCAGCCUGUACGUCGUGUUCGGCAGUGACACCAUUGACGUCACGGCGCUGAGCGGCAGCGACGGGUUCAAGGUGACAGACGGUGGCGGCGGCAGCUUCAAUUCGCCGUUCUACAGCCCGAUCGACAUGACUGGAGAUGGAUCGACAGACGUCGCACUGUUCAUCUCGACCUUGUUGAUGCCGUCCUUCGUGACAGUGAAUUCUCCGUAUGCCAUUGUGGGCAACGGACCGGCAGGAGGCGCGAGCAACAAUGCGGCCACGUCAACAACCUCCAGCAGCCUCUCCACUUCAGCAACCACAAGCAGCUCGACAGAGACAUCUUCCUCCACAUUUACACAUACAUCAAGCAGCUCCUCCACCUCAAGCAGCAUGACGUUCUCUUCCACGUCAUUCGCUGAGACUUCUUCUAAUACAUUUACAGGAACAUCAAGCAGCUCCUCCACCUCAAGAAGCAUAACGUUUUCUUCCACAUCUUUAUCAGAGACUUCUUCUUCUACACUGACACGCACCUCACAAACCACGACAUCCGAUGGCAACAGUAGUUUCGAGACAGGUGAUGAAGCAACCACCACAGCCGAAGUCGUAUCAGGCGAGCAACAGACCGACCUCUUGGACGACGAAGACAACGGGGUGAAUGGAUGGGUGGUCUUUCUGAUCGUGAUGACUGUGCUGAUCAUGAUCGGGUGUGGGGUCGUGGUGUCAUGCUGGAUAGUGAGGCGCCGUGACAGGAAGGCGCAGGUCACGCAUGAGCAGGAAACCACUAACGCAGCCGCAGCGGCCUCACUUUCGAGCACCAGAUGCCAAGUGGGUACCGCUUGGUGA